UGAAUCCCCCUAGGCAAUGGCGACCAUUGCUACCGUGCAUUUGGCGAGUAGCUUCGUGGCAACCAGAAUUGGGUUGCCUCGUCGUCUCAGCAGCAGGGCGUAUGCUAGCAGCAGCUCAAGGAACAAUCCAAGAGCCAUGAGCAAGACGACGAUCACAGCAAAGUUGAGCAGGAGAGGAGUGGUGGUACCAUUGCUGGCGCUGGUGGCUGCUACCACCGCCGCCGCCACACCAGCUGCAGCUCAAGAUCAACAGGGGUACACGACAUCCGCGUCGGGGCUCGAGUACUGCGACACAAUGGUCGGGACUGGCGAAUCAAUCGCCAAGGGUGCUCUCAUCAAGGUGCACUACACUGGAACGCUGGAAGAUGGCACCGUAUUUGACAGUAGCUACAAGCGGGGAAAGCCACUGAGCUUCAACGUGGGUGUAGGACAGGUGAUCAGAGGAUGGGACGAGGGAAUCUUGGGAGGAAGUGAUGUGCCACCGAUGCUAACAGGAGGGAAGCGCAAGCUUAGAAUUCCUCCCAAGCUUGGCUAUGGCGAGAGAGGAGCUGGGUGUAGAGGUAAAUCGUGCGUCAUUCCUCCAAACUCGGUGCUCUUGUUUGACGUUGAGCUGGUUGGCAAGGGAUACAAGUAAAUCUUUCAAGGAUUUUGUGCUUGGAAACGUUGAGAUCACAGUUUUUCUCCUUCUAAGUAGUACGAAGUGCGUGAUAAAAUAAGCUCUUCGUUCUUCCUCUUGUCUUGUCUAGGCGUACAUAUAUUCUCUCUUUGAAGAGCUCGAAGCAAAGCAAAGCUUGUUAGAAUGUAA